AUGGACUCAAUAAUCUUCCGCCACAGUCCAGACGUGUCGAUACAUGCUUGUAUGUCUCAACCAGCCGUCGACCACCACAAACCCCUCCUGGUCUUCCUCCACUACUGGGGCGGCUCGUCGUCCACAUGGUACAAACUCACAUCGCCAGACUCCCCUACCUCGCUCAGCUCAGAAUAUCCAAUCAUCGCAAUCGAUCAUCGAGGAUGGGGCAAGUCAACCGGACCAUCCCAGGACGAUGAAAGCGCCUACUCCAUCUCCUCCAUGGCAAAUGACGUUGCUCUGGUCCUGCAACAGCUCACGGCAGACCAAGACAGGAACGAUGUCCUGAAGCAUGGAUUCGUACUCAUCGGCCACUCCAUGGGAGCCAAGGUCGCGAUGGCGACUCUAACAGUACUGCCACGCGACCUACUCAACUGUCUCAGAGGACUAGUUCUGGUCGCUCCGGCGCCCCCAACGCCACUACUCCUGCCGCCGGAAAUGCAAGAACAACAGAAAGCGGCGUACGAAAGCGCAGAGUCCGUCCGCUGGUCGGUCAGCCAUGUCCUCGCGAAUCCGGAGAAUCUUGACGAAAAGGAUAUCGAGAUGGUGGUUCGCGACAGCUUGCAGUGGAAUCAGCUGGCCAAGAGGGCGUGGCCGACGUACGGUAUGCCGGAGGAUGUGUCUGACGCAGUUGCGAGGGCUCUGGAGUCGAUGGAUAGGGAGAAGCUCCGGGUGAGCAUUUUGGUUGGAGAGUCCGAUGUCGUGGAACCAAAAGAUCGGGUGGAUAAGGAGGUUCGUCGGUUUUUUGAGCGCAGUGCGAUCCAGGUAUCGAUGAGGAGUGUCGCUGGGGUGAAGCAUUUGCUUCCGCUUGAGUGUCCGGAGAUGCUUCAAUGGGAGAUUUCUAAGUUCUGA